UCCGCGCUCCGCAGUGCAUGGCCGAGCUCCGGCCGGCCCCCGCCGCUCCCCCGGGACCCUCCCCCGGGCCGGUGUCGGCGCCGGCCCCCUCCCCGCCAGCCGUGACCUUGGCAUCCGCCGGCCGCGGGGACAGCCCUGGGGACAGCCGCCGUGGGAUGCGUUAGGCGGCGGAUCGCACGGGAAUAUUCUCCGGGGAGAAGGAGAGCGGCAGCCUCCUCCCGCGGCAGGAGAAGCGGGUUUGAAGAGCAUCUUCGCCCCUUUGUUGGGUGAGGAGGACGGGGAAGGAGCGGCAGGAUGAGCACGAGCACAGUUCCGUACCAGCAGAACCCCUACAGCCCUGGGAGCAGCUCCUCUGCCAUCCAGUGCUACCGCUGCGGGGACACCUGCAAGGGCGAGGUCGUGCGCGUGCAGAGCAACCACUUCCACAUCCGCUGCUUCACCUGCCAAGUGUGCGGCUGCGACCUGGCCCAGUCGGGCUUCUUCUUCAAGAACCAGGAGUACAUCUGCACCCACGACUACCAGCAGCUCUACGGGACCCGCUGUGACAGCUGCGGGGACUUCAUCACCGGCGAGGUCAUCUCUGCCCUGGGCAGGACCUACCACCCCAAGUGCUUCGUCUGCAGCACCUGCAGGAAGCCAUUCCCCAUCGGAGACAAGGUCACCUUCAGCGGCAAGGACUGCGUCUGCCAAAACUGCUCCCACGCCCUGCUCAGCACCAAGCCCAUCAAGAUCCACGGGCCCAGCCACUGCGCCGGCUGCAAGGAGGAGAUCAAGCAGGGCCAGUCUCUGCUGGCGCUGGAGAAGCAGUGGCACGUCAGCUGCUUCAAGUGCCAGACGUGCGGGGUCAUCCUCACCGGCGAGUACAUCAGCAAGGAUGGCAUCCCGUACUGCGAGUCCGACUACCACGCCCAGUUCGGCAUCAAGUGCGAGACCUGCGACCGCUACAUCAGCGGCCGCGUCCUGGAGGCAGGAGGGAAGCACUACCACCCCACGUGUGCCAGGUGUGUGCGCUGCCACCAGAUGUUCACAGAGGGAGAGGAGAUGUACCUGACAGGCUCUGAGGUGUGGCACCCCAUCUGCAAGCAGGCAGCCAGAGCAGAGAAGAAGCUGAAGCACAGGAGGACCUCAGAAACCUCCAUCUCGCCCCCCGGCUCCAGCAUCGGCUCCCCAAACCGUGUCAUCUGCGCUAAAGUGGAUAAUGAGAUCCUUAAUUACAAAGACCUGGCAGCUCUUCCCAAGAUUAAAGCCAUCUAUGAAGUGCAGCGUCCCGACCUCAUUUCCUACGAGCCCUACCACAGAUACACGUCGGACGAGACGCUGGAGAGAUAUAGCUAUGGGGAGUCCCUGGGGACCCUCUCCCCAUACUCUCAGGACAUCUACGAGAGCUUUGACCCGCGGCAGAGGCGAGCCUCCAGCCCCGGCUACAUCGACUCCCCCACCUACGGCCGCCAGGGCAUGUCCCCCACCAUGCCCAGGUCCCCCCACCAUUUCUACCGCUCAGGCACCGAGAGCGGGCGCAGCUCCCCCUACUAUAGCCAGUUAGAUGUGAGGUCCUCCACUCCAACCUCAUACCAAGCGCCCAAGCAUUUCCACAUCCCAGCUGCCGGCGAGAGUAACAUCUACAGGAAGCCGCCCAUCUACAAGCGCCACGACACCCCCUGUGCAGCCACCAAGAGCAAAACCAGCGAGGACAUCGCCCAGUCAUCCAAGUACAGCCCUGCCUACUCCCCUGACCCCUACUACCACUCCGAGUCCGAGUACUGGUCCUUCCAAGGCUCACCCAAAGCUCCCCGGGCCCGGAGGUUCUCGUCAGGUGGCGAGGAGGAUGGGUACGACCGGGGCAUGCACAAGAUCCAGAGUGGCAUCGGGAGGCUGAUCCUGAGGGAGGAGAUGAAGGCUCGCUCCAACUCCUACGCAGACCCCUGGACACCCCCUCGCAGCUCGGCCAGCAGCAGGGAGGCCCUGCACACAGUGGGCUACGAGGGCUCCCUCAAUGGCUCUCCCAGAACCCAUUACCUGGCCGACAGUGAUCCCCUCAUUUCCAAGUCGGCCUCCCUUCCUGCCUACAGGAGGAACGGGCUGCACAGGCCUCCCAGCGCCGAGCUGUUCCACUACGACAGCACCAACGCCGUCAACUGGGGCAUGCGAGAGUACAAGAUUUACCCCUACGAGCUGCUGCUGGUGAAGACGAGGGGGAGGAACCAGCUGCCCAAAGACGUGGACAGGACUCGGCUGGAGAGGCACCUGUCCCAGGAGGAAUUCUACCAGAUCUUCGGCAUGACCAUGGCCGAGUUCGACCGCCUGGCGCUGUGGAAGAGGAACGAGCUGAAGAAGCAGGCCCGGCUGUUUUAAACACAGUGCACUAUAAAUAUAUACAUACCUAUAAAUAUAUACAUAGAGAGA